AUGGUUCAGCUAGAGCUCUUGGAAUCACUUCCCGAUCGGAUCGCGGAACACGCAAAGGCUUUUGACAGCAUGCUUUCUUUAAUACCCCCAAAAUACUACAUUGCGCAAAAGACACAGAAUCCUGAGAUGAAUAAUCCAUACAUGCACAACAAGCGGAAAAAGGCUGAUGUGAAGGAACAAGUCAAAAAGGCAAAGAAGGCGAAGCUUGAUCCAGAAAACAUGAAAACCGUCAGCGAGAUCCAAAGUGAACAAGCUGCUGCUGAAGCUGCUGAAGCUGCCAAGGAGAAGGAGGAAGAAGAAGAAGAGGAGGCAUCAGUGAAUGGAUCAGUACAAGUGGAAGAGGAGGAUGAAGAAGAAGCACCAUCAUCAUCGGAAUCAGGCGACAAGGUGGAUUACAGUGAUAUGUCAGGAGCCAAGCCUAUGGUGCGUAGUGACAUUACCGAGCUUCAAAACAGACUUCAGCAACGUAUUGCCGAGUUGAGGAGAAAGAGAAAUGCACCCGAUUCAGAUUCACCCAAAGCUCGCAGCCGUGAUGAUCUUCUUGCUCAGCGACAAAAGAAGCGUGAGGAGCGGAAAAAGGCACUCAAAGCAAAGAAGGAAAAGGGCAAAUCAGCACCUUCCGAAGAACUUGUCAAGUCGUCUGCCACUGAAAAGCCCAAGUCUGCUGCUGAUUCUAUCAAGAUGGAUGGUGAUCUCUUCUUUAGCAAGGUCGACAUUGGUGCUGAAAAGAAAAAGAAGGGUCCUACCGAUGCCAAGACGCAGUUGCAAAAGGUCGAAGCCAAGAAGGAGAAGCUUGAAAAGUUGCGUCAAGAGGAUGCUGCCAAGGCUGCUGAAUUAGAAGAAAAGGAGCAAUGGCAAAAGGCUGUUUCGUUGGCAAGUGGUGAAAAGAUCAAGGAUGAUGCCAAGCUUCUCAAAAAGACCAUCAAGCGUACUGAGCAACGCAAGAAAAAGAGUGCUGAUGAAUGGAGGAAGCGUCAAGAAAAGGUCAAGAUGGAUGAAAAGAACAAGAUCAAAAAGAGAGAAGAGAAUAUCAAGAACCGUCAAAUGCAAAAGGGUGGCAAAAAGGGUGGUGCUGCUGCAAAGAAGGGCGGUGACAAGAAAAAGAAGGCACGACAUGGUUUUGAAGGUGCAGCCUUUGGUUAUGGUGGCAAAGCAUCCAAGUCCAAAUCAAAGAAAUAG